AUGGCGCUCGGCGAGGCGGAGGGCGGCGGCCGCGAGCAGGAGGCGAGCACGGGCCUGGACGCCGUCGUGGAGGGCCACGUCCUGGAGAGCUUCAGCGAGAGCCACGAGGUGCGCGGGCUCCUGGGCGCCCUCCGCGCCGCCUGCGCCGACCCGGCCGCGCGCGAGCUCACCGUGGAGCGCUUCAUCGUUAUAAUGGACAAGUACCAGGAGCAGCCUAACCUCUUGGAUCGACACUUAGAGUGGAUGAUGAAUUCCUUGUUGGAUAUAGUACGGGACAGUGAAUCUUCUCCCUCGCUAAUCCACCUGGCUUUUAAAUUCCUUUACAUCAUUACAAAGGUGAGAGGGUACAAAUUUUUCCUCCCGAUGUUUCCUCAUGAAGUAGGUGAUCUGCAGCCUGUUUUGGAUAUGCUUGCAGACCAGAAUCCAAAAGACUGUGAGACUUGGGAGACUCGCUAUAUGCUUUUAUUGUGGCUCUCCAUGAUAUGCCUGAUUCCUUUCGAUCUGGCCCGUUUUGAUGGAAAUCUUUCUGAAGAAGGGGGUGCUCGUGUGACAACAAUGGAUCGUAUACUUAAAACAGCAAAGUGUUACUUGGUCGUCAGUGAUAAGGCUCGCGAUGCAGCUGCUGUACUGGUUUCAAAGUUUAUUGUCCGUCUUGAUGUGCGACAAAAGCGGAUGGCUGAUUUUCUGGACUGGAUCCUUUCCAUGUUAUCUAAAUCCUCCUAUCAGACCAUGGAGGGGACUAUCGUCAUGAACGGCAUGCUCCAGGCCCUGGCACAAUUAUUUAAACAUGGCAAGAGAGAUGAAUGUUUACCAUUUGCUCCCACUGUACUCGAGUGCCUCGAUAACUGCAGGCUGUCCGAGAGCAACCAGAUGGUUCUUCGCAAGCUGGGCAUGAAACUCGUUCAACGACUCGGACUGACGUUCCUGAAACCAAAAGUAGCCAAGUGGAGAUACCAGCGUGGCUGUCGGUCUCUGGCUGCCAAUCUGCAAGCUCAGAGUUUGGCUGUGCAGAAUCAGAAGGUAACAACUGCUGCUGCCGUCGAGACUGAUGAGGAAGAGGAGUAUGAUAUUCCAGGAGAGAUCGAAGAUGUUUUAGAGCAAUUGUUGGUUGGACUGAAAGACAAAGACACUAUUGUCAGGUGGUCUGCAGCAAAAGGAAUUGGUAGAAUAACUGGAAGACUUCCAAAAGAAUUAGCAGAUGAUGUGGUUGGGUCUCUGCUGGAGUGUUUUAGCUUCCAGGAGACGGAGAGCGCGUGGCACGGCGGCUGCCUGGCGCUGGCCGAGCUCGCCCGCAGAGGUUUGCUGCUGCCCUCCCGCCUGGCGCACGUGGUUCCUGUCAUUUUGAAAGCACUAGCGUACGAUGAGAAGAGAGGGGCCUGCAGUGUGGGCUCCAACGUGAGAGAUGCAGCGUGCUACGUGUCCUGGGCCUUUGCUCGCGCCUACGAGCCCUCUGAACUGAUCCCUUUUAUUCAUCAGAUCUCAAGUGCGCUGGUUAUCGCCGCGGUGUUUGAUCGCGAUGUUAACUGCCGAAGAGCUGCUUCUGCUGCCUUCCAGGAGAAUGUUGGGCGACAGGGCACGUUUCCCCACGGCAUAGACAUCCUCACUGCAGCAGAUUAUUUUGCUGUGGGUAACAGAGCUAACUGUUACCUUACCAUAAGCGUGUAUAUUGCCGGUUUUCCUGAAUAUACGCAGCCAAUGAUUGACCAUUUAGUUAACAUGAAGAUUAACCACUGGGAUAGCGUUAUUCGAGAACUUGCAACCAAGGCUCUGCACAACCUGACGCCGCAGGCUCCUCAGUACAUGGCAGAUGUGGUUUUGCCAAGGCUGCUCCCCUUAUCAGUGGGCACGGAUCUGCACACACGCCAUGGGGCAAUUCUUGCCUGUGCCGAGAUCACCCAGGCGCUGUGCAAACUGGCAGAAGAGAGUAACAGACCUGUUACACACUACCUGAGCGACCAAGCACUGGAGGGGCUGAAGCAGAUCCAUUCAGAGCUUUCCAGACGUCAGUUGUACCGGGGCCUGGGAGGAGAGCUCAUGAGGCCGGCGGUCUGCAGUUUAAUUGAAAAGCUGUCGCUAUCAAAAAUGCCAUUUAGAGGGGAUCCAAUAAUUGGGGACUGGCAGUGCCUCAUCAACGACAGCCUGAGAAGCCUCCCUCACAUUUCCAGCACUGUGCGACAGCAUAUAAAGGACUCUGCAGUCUCUGCACUGACUGCGCUGUGUAAUGAAUAUUACAUCAGUGAGCAGGGAGAAGCUGAUCCAGCUCUACAAGAUGAGCUGGUGACCCAGUACAUUGCAGAGCUGCAGAGCACGGAGGAGAUGAUCCGCUGUGGCUUUGCCCUGGCGCUUGGGGCCCUCCCAGGAGCUCUGCUGAAGGGCAGGCUCCAGCAGAUUUUGGAAGGCUUGAAAAAGGUUACUGUCGUUUCCCAGACAGACGUGAGCUUUGCAGAAGCCAGAAGAGAUGCCCUAAUAGCAGUUGCAAAGAUUUGCCAGACAGUAGGUGUGAAGGGAGAUGGAUGCCAGGAAGAGCACAUCUGCAAGGACAACGUUGCUGCCAUCUAUGCCACGCUGCUCAGUGGUGUCACGGACUACACGACCGACAGCCGCGGCGACGUCGGAGGAUGGGUACGUGAAGCUGCUAUGACGAGUUUAAUGGAGGUGACACUUUUGCUGGUCCAGAAGGAAGCCGAGUUAGUUAAUGCCAACGUUUGCAGGCAGAUUAUGUGCUGGCUGGCUCAACAAGCGGCUGAGAAAAUAGACAAAUUUCGAGCUCAUGCAGGAUCCGUGUUCCUCACCCUUCUACAUUUUGACCAUCCUCCAGUUCCACACAUACCUCAUCGAGAAGAACUAGAGAGGAUAUUCCCAAGGUCAGAGUCAGAGACGCUAAACUGGAAUGCCUCCUCAGAAGCUUUCCCUCGAAUCACCCAGCUCCUGGCCUUGCCGGUGUACCAGUACCACGUGCUUUUGGGGCUCACCGUGUCUGUUGGUGGAUUAACAGAGACAACACUCCGGUACUCUGCCCAGAGCCUCUUCGACUACAUGAAGAGAAUCCAGGGCGACGGCAGCGCCAUGGGGAGCUUCUGCGAGACCCUGCUCAAGGUCUUUGAGGACAACCUGCAGAACAACCGGGUGUCUGUACCUCUCCUGACGAUGCUGGACCAAAUGCUGGCCAAUGGCUGCUUUGAAAUCUUCACCACGCAGGAGAACCACCCAUUUCCACUGAAGUUAUUUGCUCUGUGUAAAGAAGAGAUCAAAAAAUCCAAAGACAUACGGAAACUUCGCUCCAGCAUCGGAGUGUUUUGUGGCCUGGUGCAGUUCCAAGGAGACAUGAGAGAAAAAGUUUUAUUUCAAUUGUUUCUCCUCCUUUGCCAUCCCUUUCCUUUAAUCAGGAAAACAACGGCCAGUCAGGUGUAUGAAAUGCUGAUAACCUACAGCGAUGUCGUCGAUCCUGCCCUUGUGGAUGAGGUCCUGACCAUACUCAGCGAUACCAACUGGGAAGCUGAAUUACCAGCAGUGAGAGCGAAACGCAACUGUCUCUGUGACCUUCUGAAACUGCCCAGGCCGCAGCUGGUAGCCAAGAGCUCGGCGUAACGAAGCUGCUGCCCUGGCUGUUGCUUUGCAGCCCCAAGCUCUGGGUUCAGGGGCUGUCUGGACGUGCACGAGUUUGAGCUGUGGCACCAUGACGAGGUGGCUCAUCAGCAAGACGUUCCCUGUCCAGCAAAAUAAGAGGCAGACAAUAUGUUUUAAAGUGUUGCGCAGCUGUGCCAUAUGAAGACAACGAAGAUUUGUGGUAUUUCUGUUCUUAAAUUCAUUGUUGGCAGCCACAAGAUGGCAGUUUGUCUUCAUACUGCUGGCCCAGCUGCCCUGCAGUUUUGAUGGCAGUGAUCUUGGCCUCUCCAGCUCUGAAUGAACCUGUGCUUGCCCAAAUGUAGCACUGUUGCUGAGCACACGUGGCGUUAUUAAACCU